UCUAAUGAAUCAGAAUCGAAAAGUUUAUUUCACUUGCCGGCUGUGGCUUUUGAAAUCAAUUUAAUAACUUGGCCGUCAUGUCGAACGCUGCAGAGGAGUGCAAGGACGAGGAUUUGCCCGCAAAUACGCUGGAGCACUUCACGGAACUGGAGCAGGUGCUGCUGAUGAUCGAGAACAUUAAAUCCAUCGAGGCAGAUUCCUUCGAAAGGGAGUUUGAGCAAUACGCCCAGGUUCUGUCGCGCUACCAGGAGCAGCCGCAUCUACUGGAUCCGCAUUUGGAGGAGCUGUUGGGCAAACUGCUGGGCAAGAUUAGGCAGCAGAGCCUGCCAUCUGGCGAACGCCAUGCCGCCUUCAAGUAUCUGUACAUCAUCAGCAAGGUUCGCACCUACAAGGUGCUGGUGAAGUUCAUGCCGCACGAACUCAGCGACCUGGAGUUUGUUUUAGAGCUGCUGGGCCAGCAGGAUCCGCACAAGUUCGCCGAGUGGGAGACGCGAUACAUACUGCUCCUUUGGAUGUCCAUUCUCGUCCUUAAUCCCUUUCACAUGUCCAGAUUGGAUGCCUACGAAACGGCCUCUGGUCCGACAACCAAUUGCAGUCUCAGCAAUCAUGUCCAGGAGGCAAAGGCCAGCAAAAUGGAACGCAUAUACGAGCUGAUCCAGCUCUAUGUGUCCACCAACGACACCUGCAGCAGCAUGGCUGCCUACCUGGCCGCCAAGUAUUUCAUUCGCAGUGACAUCAAGGACCUAUAUCUGGAGAGAUUCCUCGACUGGAUCAUGGAGCAGCACCAGGCGGACACGGUUAACGUGAAGUUCGGUCAACUGGCUGCUGUAGCUGCCAUUUUGAAGCACGGCAAGCGGGAGGACCUGCUGCCGUAUGCCGACAAGCUCCUCCAGUGGAUCAUCUCCUGUCAGUACAAGAACAGCAGCGACUUCCUCAAGUACAAGAGCUACGUGAAAAUAAUCCAGAGGAUCGGGCUGGUGCAUCUGAAGCCGCGCAUUGCCAGCUGGCGCUACAAAAGGGGCACCCGAUCGCUGGCCACCAAUCUUAACCAGGCAACAGGAGCCGGCGGGGAAUCAGACGCCAUGGAGGUAUCUGCCGAAGAGGGCGAGGAAAUCGUAGUGCCCGAUGCCAUCGAGGAGGUGAUCGAGGAGUUACUUCAAGGCCUGCGCAGCGGUGGCAACGACAUUCGCUGGAGUGCGGCCAAGGGAUUGGGGAGAGUCACCAAUCGUCUGCCCAAGGACCUGGCCGACCAGGUCAUUGGUUCCGUAAUCGAUAUACUCAACCCGCUGGAGCCGCACGAGGCCUGGCACGGUGGCUGUCUGGCCUUGGCGGAACUGGCCAAAAGGGGACUGCUGCUGCCCCAUCGCUUGGAGGAGCUGGUUCCCCUCCUGAUGCAGGCCCUCUUUUACGACGAAAUGAAGGGCUACAUGUCGGUGGGCCAGCACAUCCGUGAUUCCGCCUGCUACAUGUGCUGGGCCUUUGCCCGGGCCUAUAAUCCGGAUGAUGUGAAACCCUUUGUGCACAAGAUCUCCUCCGGCCUGCUGACCGUGGCCGUUUUUGAUCGCGAGGUGAACUGCCGACGCGCUGCGUCUGCUGCUUUCCAGGAGAGCGUUGGUCGCCUCGGUAACUUUCCCUUCGGCAUCGAGAUCUCCACCACCACGGACUUUUAUUCCGUCGGCAUUCGUCUGAACUCCUACCUGAACAUCAGCGACUACAUUGCUCAGUUUGAGGUGUACCGGGAGCCCUUGAUUAAUCAUUUGGUGCAGCGGAAAGUCAACCAUUGGGAUCCCGCCAUAAGGGAGCUAACGGCCAAGGCUCUGCACAAGCUGUCCCUGAGGGAGCCGGAAUAUAUGGCGGCUGUGGUGUUGCCGCAACUUUUGGCCAAAACCGAUACCAUUGACAUCAAUUGCCGUCAUGGCUGCGUGUUGGCCAUGGGAGAAAUUACGUUGGCAUUGCGGCAGCUGGAGGUGAGCAGUGAUCCCCCAGUGGCGUAUCUCUCCAAUCAGCGGAUUGUGGAACUAAAUGAGCUGGUUAAGACGUUCCUAGAAAAGAACUUCUAUCGUGGCAUGAGCGGCGAACUGAUGAAGGCCUGCACGACCAACUUUAUAAAGAACUGCAGUCUGGCCAAGAUGCAGGCGACCACCGAGUGCUUGGCUUCCUGGCAGAAGGUCAUUGAUUCCUGCCUGGUGACCAAAUCAGCUACCAUUCGCGCCUCGGCUGUGGAAUCCUUUGGCGAACUCUGCCGCACAUAUUACUGCCUAGAGUCGAGACGUCAAGAGAACGAGACCAUCAUCAAUGACUAUUUAAAGGGAGCCGAGAAUGACCUGGAAGAGCACAUACGUAUGGGUUACCUAGCCGCCUUGGGAGUGCUGCCCGCCUUCAUGGUCCAACCGCAUUUGCCUGCCGUCUUGGAUAGUCUGGUUAGGCACUCGCUGACACCACUGCAGGCGGUGGUUCUGGCCGGCGAUAUGGGUGAUCGCGAGAAUAUCCAGACCUACAGAUGGAGCGAGGCGCGAAUGGAAAGCGUUAGGGCUCUGACCAAGGUGGUGAAAACCGUGGGCUAUGGGGAAGGAGAAGCCACAUUCUCAGAUCGUGAGAACUUCAACAAGGCCCUUAAUUGCCUACUGAAAGCUUUGGACGAGUACACCCUGGACAAUCGCGGUGAUAUUGGUGCUUGGGUAAGGGAGGCGGCCAUGUCAUCGCUCUACGAGAUCGUAACCCAGUGCCCGCCGGAUUUACUCUCACCAGAGCAAGUCCACGCGGUUGUGGUUGGCUUCAUGCAGCAGGCGGUGGAGAAAAUUGAUCGCACUCGAGGAUUAGGCGGACGCCUAUGUUGCCAACUGAUUAACCAUCAGCCCAGGAUACCGCACAUUCGAGAGCACUCAAAGCUACUGGAGGUAUUCCCCGCCGAGGCUAACUCUGUGCUCUGGCUGUUUGCCGAUCACACAUUCCCCCUGUUCUGCGAGCUGCUCGCCCUGCCCGAUUACUCCAAGCGGGUGAUGCUGGGCCUGAGUGCUAGCAUUGGACAACUGACUGAAUCUCUGAUCAAAUAUGCCUCUUCGGCGCUAUUCCAAUUUUUGCGUUCCAACCCGACGAUGGUGCCGCGUUUAUGUUCCGAGAUUGUCCAGAUCUUCGAGGAGCAUCUGCUCAAUGAGCGCGUAACUUAUCCCAUGCUCAGUUUCCUGGACAUACUCAUCGGAUCGGGUACCGUGGAAUCGGUGCUCCAUGACGAAACACAUCCCUUUGCCGAGGACAUCUACAGGCUGCUUAACCUGGAAGUCAAGGGAUACAAGAAGCUCUACAAGACGGCGAGCAGUAUUAGUGCCUUCUGCCAGCUCCUGCAGGUGCCUCGUCUGUCCCGGCGCAUCCUCUCCAAGCUCGCGGUAUUCCUUGGACUGCAGCAUGUGCAUGUUAGGAAAACGGCAGCUACUAAAUUAUACGAAGCUUUGGCCCUGCAUGGAGAUGUCACCGAAGUGCCCGAGGAUAAUAUGGAUGAGAUCCUAACAUUGCUCUCCGAGACCGACUGGACCAUGCCGCUGGUGGAGGUGCGUCCCCUGAGGAAUCAACUAUGCCAGCUGAUGGGCAUCAAGGCGCCGGUGAGUGCUGCUCAGCAGCAGCAGGCAGCGAGUGCGGAUAAGUGAUAUUCCACACAAACAAAAGUUUAAUAUGUUAAUUUAAUGUAAUAUUUAUAAACCAUUCUUAUUGCACAAUUAAACUGACGAUACUUACAUCCGAUCUAAUAUCGUA